AUGCCCACUCUAGAUGUAUCAUCAUACACACCCCAAGAGGUUCCUCUUCCACCAGCAAAACCCUCAACAUUCUUUACCGAGCUGCAGUGGAAGUCAUUCUUUGCGCUCGCAGACGCUGUUGUCCCCGCAAUUAACACCAGUGCAACUUCAAGAUCAUCCAAGAACCUAGUCGUCUCAGACGCAGAGUACAACUCCGCCGUUGUCGGCCUGACCAACCUGAUCUCGGGGCCCGAUGCAAACUCUAUUGCGACUCGAUAUUUGCAGGAAGAUGCAUCCUCCAACCCGCUGUUCCGCUCCACGGCCGAGCGUAUCUUGAGUGACCACGUUCACGACGAGGGCAGGAAUGGUGUCGGGCUGAUUUUGAACGCACUGAAUACUCGCGCCGGCUCCUUGAUCCUCACCGGCUCUACCACCCCCAUCCAGGAUCAGCCAGUCGAAUUCCGAGAACGAGUCUUCAGGGGAUGGGACACAUCUCGGCUACCACCUCUUCGCACAGUUUAUAGAGGGCUUUCAGCCAUUAUCAAGAAGACGUGGGUGAUGACAAGUCCUACGAUUGGCUCGGUUUUAGGUUUCCCUCGUGUACCUGUUCAUGGCAAGCCCGCCGCCGGAUUUGAAUAUGAGUUUUUGCAGUUACCCCCCGGUGAAAAGCCAGAAGUCAUUGAAACCGACGUUGUCAUCAUUGGAAGUGGCUGCGGUGGGAGUGUGGCAGCUAAGAAUCUUGCCGAAGCUGGUCACCGCGUUCUAGUAGUGGAGAAGUCCUAUUCCUAUCCAUCCACUGCAUUCCCAAUGGGCCCAAAUGAAGGGUUUGUCAACAUGUUCGAGAACGGCGGUGCAAUUUUCAGCGAUGAUAGCUCUAUGGCUGUUCUAGCAGGAUCAACCUGGGGAGGAGGUGGCACUGUGAACUGGUCGGCAUCAUUGCAGACGCAAGGUUACGUCCGACAGCAAUGGGCCGAUACUGGCUUGCCCUUCUUCACUUCUUUAGACUUCCAGAAAAGCCUUGAUCGGGUUUGUGACCGCAUGGGUGUCAACUCGGAGAAAGUUGAACACAACGCUCAAAACAAUGUCAUCUUGAAUGGUGCGCACAAGCUCGGUUAUGCUGCCAAGACAGUACCCCAGAAUACAGGCCAUGGUGAACACUACUGUGGUUACUGUACUUUGGGAUGUUCUUCAGGCGCAAAGAAAGGUCCCACACAGACCUUCCUCGCGGAUGCGGCCUCGGCCGGUGCCAAGUUCAUGGAGGGAUUCCAGGCCGACAAAGUGAUCUUCACCAAGGUCAAGGGCAAAGAGGUUGCCUCCGGAGUGAAAGGAACCUGGAGAUCACGAGACUCAUAUCUCGGCCUUUCCGGCCCUGGUGUUGUGGAGCGCAAAGUUAUCAUCAAGGCGAAGAAAGUGAUUGUAUCCGCCGGCACACUACAGAGUCCUCUUCUGCUGAUGCGAAGUGGGUUGAAAAACUCUCAUAUCGGCCGCAACCUUCAUCUUCACCCAGUCAUGGGCGGUGGCGCAAUCUUCGACGAGGAGACUCGACCCUGGGAGGGUUCCGCACUGACAACGGUAGUCAACGAGUUUGAAGAUUUGGAUGGGCACGGACACGGCGUGAAGAUUGAGGCAGUCUCAAUGUUGCCGUCCGUAUUUAUCCCGGUUUUCCCUUGGCGAAACGGAUUGGAAUACAAACUUUGGGCCGCGAACAUGCGUCGAAGCACCAGUUUCAUCACUCUUACCAAAGAGCGCGACCCUGGUCGUGUUUACCCAGACCCCGUCGACGGUCGAUGCCGCAUUGACUACACCGUAUCUGCUUUCGAUCGAAAACACAUAGUCGAGGCCAUCAUUGCCAGUGCUAAGAUCGCCUAUAUCUCGGGUGCUAAGGAAUUCCAUACCACAUAUCGCGACAUUCCGCCUUUCAUCCGACCCCAAUCUUCGACCCCGGAAGCUCCUGAGGGAACCAACGACAAGGCUUUGCAGAGUUGGAUCGCCGAGGUGCGUCGAAAGUCACCUCUCAACCCGGAACGCGGUCUGUUCGCAAGUGCGCACCAGAUGGGCACGUGUCGUAUGAGCAAAUCGCCCAAGUCGGGCGUGGUGGACCCGGCUUGUCAGGUCUGGGGCUCGGAGGGGCUCUACGUGGUGGAUGCUUCUGUCUUCCCUAGCGCGAGUGGCGUUAACCCCAUGGUGACCAAUAUGGCAAUCGCAGACUGGGCUAGCCGGAAUCUGGCCCGAUCUAUGGGAGCUCGUGACGAGGGCAGUGUGAUGGCUCGCCUGUGA